AUCUCAUGACGUCACUUCCGGAAGCUGCAAUCGCUUCCUUUAUGGGUGUAAAUGGGGACAGCACAGUCGUUUAGAGCUUUAAAAUUGAAAAUAAUAUUUCCGCAGGUAUCUUUCCAGGUGCGUGAUCGCUAUAACUCUAUUCUAGUUUAGUCGGCUCAACGAGAUCGGCGGCUGCGAUGGAAGCCGUGCCGCGAAUGCCGAUGAUCUGGCUGGAUCUGAAGGAGGCAGGGGAGUUUGAGUUCAGCCCGACUGUCAAACAGUUCAUACUGAAGAACUACGGUGAAGAUCCUGACAAUUAUAAUGAGCAGUUGAAGAAACUGGAGCAAUUGAGACAGAGUGCUGUGAAUGUCACACGAGACUUUGAAGGCUGCAGCACCUUAAGGAAGUACUUCGGGCAACUGCACUAUCUUCAGAGUCGUGUGCCUUUGGGAUUGGGGCAGGAAGCUGCUGUCCCGAUCUCCUGGACAGAGAUAUUUUCUGGGAAGACAGUGACCCAUGAAGACAUCUGCUAUGAGCAGGCCUGCAUCCUUUAUAAUUUGGGAGCACUCCAUUCAAUGUUGGGAGCCAUGGACAACAGGGUGUCCGAAGAGGGAAUGAAAGUAUCUUGCACACACUUCCAGUGCUCGGCUGGAGCGUUCACCUACCUGAGAGAUCACUUCAGCCACAACUUCAGUGUGGACAUGAGUCACCAAAUCCUCAAUCUCAACAUCAACCUCAUGCUGGGUCAGGCCCAAGAGUGCCUGUUGGAAAAAUCUAUGUUGGACAACAGGAAGAGCUUUCUCGUCGCUCGGAUAAGUGCCCAGGUGGUGGACUAUUACAAAGAGGCAUGCAGAGCUCUGGAGAACUCAGAAACUGCUUCAAUGUUAGGGAAGAUUCAGAAAGACUGGAAGAAAUUAGUGCAAAUGAAGAUUUACUACUUUGCUGCAGUUGCUCAUUUGCACAUGGGGAAACAGGCUGAAGAGCAGCAGAAGUAUGGAGAGAGGGUUGCUUACCUUCAAAGCUCAAUAUAGAAAAUGUGAGAGGCAAUUAAGCUGGCUAAGGGUCAACCAGACAGUGUACAGGAAGCCCUUAGAUUUACCAUGGAUGUCAUUGCUGGAAAAUUUAAUUCUGCCCAAAAAGACAAUGACUUCAUUUACCAUGAAUCAGUGCCACCUCUGGAGACACUGACCUCAGUGAAAGGGGCCCCACUGGUGAAAGCCUUGCCUGUAAACCCAACAGAUCCCAGUGUUACUGGCCCAGACAUUUUUGCAAAGCUGGUGCCCAAUGGCUGCCCCCACGAGGCCUCCUCUCUUUACAGUGAAGAGAAGGCCAAGCUGCUAAGGGAUGUCGUGGCAAAAAUAGACAGCAAGAAUGAAACAUUAGAACAGUUCAUGGACUCUCUCGGUCUGGACCCAGAGUCAGUAGACAAUAUGGAGAUGUAUAAUACCCUUCCUUCUGUGCUGAUGGAAAAAUGUGCUGCGUUGAGUGUGAGACCUGAUACUGUAAAAAACCUUAUCCAGUCAAUGCAGGUCCUCUCAGGUGUGUUCACCGAUGUAGAAGCCUCUCUGCGGGAGAUUCGAGAUGUAUUAGAUGAGGAUGAGGCAGAGGAGCGAAGUUUAGAAGAGGCUGCUGGGAAGCAGGCUGUACCAGAACGGCCCUCAGCCCUGGCCGAGCUGCGGAGAGACCUGGAAAAGUAUUUUGAAGCACACGAAAAAGCCAGCUUCACCAACACAGAACUUCAUCGGGCCAUGAAUCUGCACAUAAGCAAUCUGAGACUCCUCGGUGGACCACUAGACACCCUUAGAGAGGCAUUGCCAAAACCUCAACUUAGUGAGGAUGAGAUGGCAGGUCUCCAGACUAUGAAGAGAAUUUUGGGUAAAGUGCAAGAAAUGCGGGACCAACGAAGCUCCCUGGAAAAGCAGCUUAGAGACCUCAUUCAGCAGGAUGACAUAACUACUUCUCUGGUUACAACUGAGCGUGCUGACAUGAAGAAACUCUUUGAGGAGCAGCUUAAGAAGUAUGAGCAGGUGAAAGUAUACAUUGAUCAGAACCUGACAGCUCAAGAGAAUAUCCUGAAGGCACUGACAGAAGCUAAUGUACAGUAUGCCACUGUUCGCAAGGGCCUGGCAGAAACUGAACAUAAAUGGAACAGCACUGUACAGAUGCUUGUGGCCUCCUAUGAGGCCUAUGAAGAUCUAAUGAAGAAAUCUCAGGAGGGCAAAGAGUUUUAUGAAGAUCUGGAAACAAAGGCCUCUCGCCUGUUGGAGAAAGCCAAGACCGUCUGCAAGGCUCGAAAAGAAGAGCGACAAGCCAUAAUGGAAAAAGAGCUAAAAAAAAGGGCGCCCCAAAGACCUACUGCCCCAAAACCACCCCCGAAGAAAGCCCAAAGUGUGGAUCCUGCCAAUUUAAAUGACCCUGAACUGGCAGAGCUGAGUGCUGCUAUCCUAGCCCUUGGUGGAGAUCUCCCAGAAGAGCUACGCAGCCUGCCUCCUGAACUUACCAUUCCACCAUCUGGUUAUCAUGCUGCACUUUCUGGAGCCGUUGCUAGCUCAAUUCUGCGCUGGCCUGGAGCUAACUCAGCUUUACUCUAUACUCAACCCAGAUUUCCUCCAAAUUUACCACCUCCUGAAGUUCUUGCUCAGAUCUCCUGUUUUCCAACACCUCCCCUGUCUCAGAGUUUCAGCCACAGUCUUCCCCAGCCUCCUAUGGCACAACGACAGUUCCCACAACUGCCCAAUCCUCAGGUCCUUCCACCACCAUCUGUGUCUGGGUACUGCCCUCCAUCUUCACAGAACCAACCCGGCCCACCAAUCACUCCAGUCCGACCUUCCACCACUACAGUGGAUAGUGUACAGACACCUAUUCCAAGCUACAGUCCUGCAUCUGUGCAGGCAGUUAUGCCUUCUCCUGGCCAACACCAACCGAUGCCACCAGUGUCAUCAGUGUAUGCAGCUCCACCUCAGAUGACACCCCAUGUCCAUUACAUGCAACAACCUGUUGUUCCCAUAAGCCAACCUCCACAGGCAAUGCCAGCCCAUCAUCACCAGCCUCAACCUCAGCAGGUAUUUGUUCGACAGGGUGUUCAGGUUAAAGUAAAGCUGAGCUUUUUUUAACCUGUUGUAACUACUAAAGAAAUGCCAAGACCUUUGCCUGGCCCUCAGCCUCAAUUCCCACAGUACGUAGCUCAAGUAAGACAACCAGCACCACCAAACUUUCAUCAACCUCAAAUCCAAGGACAGUUUGGAGCUCCAGCUACCCAUGUGCAGCCUCAUCAGGGUUACCCCCCUGUCCCAUUCGUUCCGAAUUCCCAACCUCCACAAGUUAACACUGUUACCCCGGGCCAGACGCCCCAUCCAGGCACGCCUCCACAGAUGCCACCAUCCUCACAACCAGUGCCUCCUGUGUCAAUGGCCCGCUUAGCUCAUGUUAAUCAGCAAAUGCCUCCAUCCUCCCAACCAGUGCCCUCUGUGUCAAUGUCACACUUAGCACAUGUCAAUCAAAAGAUUCCCCCUGCUUCACAGCCCCAAACACCUCCCUUCAGUCAAUUACCAGGUCCUCCUCAUCCCCAGAUACCCCCACCCUCUCAUCAUUUAGGUCCUGCACCCCAUAUGCAGAUACCUUCUGCCUCAAAUCAGAUGCCUCCUCCCCAACAGCCACAAAUGCUUGCACCAUCCACUCACAUGUCUCCUUCCUCUCAUCCACAAAUGCCCUCAGUCUCCCAACCGCUAUCUCACAUCCCCCAGUCACAGAUACUUUCUUCUUAUCAACCCAACCAACAGCCAGCGUACACAGCAGUCCCUCUGAGGGCUACUGUUCCUGUUCAACCUCAGGUUCCCCAUGGCCCUCUUUCAUCACAGAUACAAAGUCACCCUAGCAAUCCUUCACAACAUCAAAACCACCCUCAUCCUCAAAUCCUUCCCCAGUCCUGUCCUCCAGCACUCUCUCACAAUAUCUACAAACCUCAGCCAACCAUUCCUCCUAGCUCUGCACCUUUGAGUUUUCCAGGAGGUGUUCCUAUGGUUUCAAAGCAGUCUGUAUCAGCUCUGCAGCCACAGUCCCAGCCACCCACUUCACAGCCUUUAGCCACACAACAGAUACCCCCAGGAGGCCCAGUAUCUUAUGCUGUUCCACAAAGUGGGAACAUUCCUUCUGGACCAAUGCAGCAUCCUGUAGCUGCUGCUCCCCCAGGGCCUCAAAGCAUGAUACCUCCAUCCUCAGGAGCACCAGGGGCACCACAGCCUCAUGUGCUACCUUCUCCUGCCCCAUCACCUUCUCCCUCUCCUGGUCCUCCCUCCCUUGGUAUGGUCACCCAGCGACCAUCUCCUGCUCUAACCCCAGUUGGAGGAGCAAUGUUGCCGCAGUCCACAGUUCAGGCUCCAACACCCACUGGUCCCAUGACUCCAUCUGAGUCCACUUUGUUUCAGCUACAGAACUCUAGUACUGAUGACUUGCUUUCCUCAAGCCCCGAGAGCCAGCAUGGAGGCACUAAGGACACCGCAAAUGUCUUACUACCCACAAAAGCUGACCCUCAGGAGGAACAUCACAGAAAAAAAACUGAGGGCGUGAGACUUAUCCAAGGUGACCCUUACCAAGCACCAGAGAGGGUCUCGAAACUCAGUGCACAGCUAGAACGGUUUAGAUCAACAGUUCAAUCCUUAGAGCGCCCAACAUGGGAGGGCGGUCUGUCGAAACUUGAUGCCCAAUGGAAAGAACUGCAAGAGCAGCAGGAAAAGGAUACUCGCCAGCUCUCUAUCGCUAUUGCUCGUUGCUACACCAUGAAGAACCGCCAUCAGGAUGUGAUGCCUUACGACUGCAAUCGUGUUGUCUUGCACUCAGGUAAAGAUGAUUACAUCAAUGCCAGUUUCAUUGAGGACCUAUCCCCAUACUGCCCCCGGCUCAUUGCAACACAGGCUCCCCUCAUUGGCACUUCAGCCGACUUCUGGCUCAUGGUUUACGAGCAGAAAGUUUCUGUAAUCAUCAUGUUAGUGUCUGAGCUAGAACUGGAGAAGCAAAAGGUGUUGCAAUACUUUCCAUCAGAGAGAGGCCAAAAAUUUGCUCAGGGGCCAAUCACCCUUACCUUGACCACUCAGAAGAGCACUCCUACCCAUAUAGAGCGCAUGAUAGGACUGCAGUAUCGGGACCAAAGUUUGAAACGCACCGUUGCACACCUUCAGUUUACUUCAUGGCCUGAACUGGGUCUUCCAGAGAGUAAAAGCAACCUCAUCCAAUUCAUUCAAGAAGUCCACGGACAUUACCUGCUUCAGCGCCCACUACACACUCCAGUCGUAGUGCACUGCAGCUCUGGUGUUGGCCGUACUGGUGCCUUCUGUCUGCUUUAUGCAGCGCUGCAAGAAAUUGAGGCUGGCAAUGGUAUACCUGACUUGAUCCAGCUGGUGAGGAAGAUGAGGCAGCAGAGGAAGAACAUGCUGCAAGAGAAGCUUCACCUCAAAUUUUGCUAUGAGGCUAUUCUUAAACAUACAGAGCAGGUUCUGCAACGUCAUGGCAUUAUUACAUCCCCUUCCAUCAGGACCUCAAAUAACAUUGCAUUGAAGUCAUACCUGCGACAGGAAUCUCAGGACAUUGUUCUGGGAGGAGACAUGCCUUUUAGUUCCAUACAGGCCACUGUGGCCAAACUUAGCAUUCGACCACCCAGUGUUGACCAUGAACAAGAGUCUGGCCAAGACCAGAUUCUCUCUGUUUCCGAAGCGCCAAGCACAGUGGAACCAGAUCCUACAGAAUCGUCACUUCAGCCUUCUCAGGACCCGCUUUGUUAUGAAGCUAUGCCUGGUUACAUCAGUCCCCCCCUCUCUUGCACCGCUUCUCCAGGCAAGACACAGUUACCUUCACCUCCUAGCGGCCAAGGGAAUGGGUUCUCUGGGUCCACUCCUGCAUCUCCAGUCUCAAAUCUCCACCCAUCCACUGAAGCAGCACAUCAUGCUCCUUCUCCGUCCACCUCGUCAUCUUUAGAUCUGCUUGCUUCUCUCACACCUGAAGCCUUUAAUCUGGACAGUGCCCAUCGAGGCAAGCAGCGGAUUAGCAAGCAAAGCUUCCUUCACCCGCAAGAAGGCAAAGGCCUGCAGGGACCACCAGAGGGUGAUGAUCCGCUCAGUAGUUUGGAUCCUCUCUGGACACUCAACAAAAGCUGAAACAACAUAAAGGAGCUCUCUUUUAUGUUCUCCCCCACAGGCAGUCCUCUAAUGAACUGUUUCUGACCCUAUGUAUCAUCUUGUCCAUGUUCAUGCCUCUUGGACCUCAUCACUGUGUGUAAGUCUGUCCGCUUGUGUUCUGAAAAACUUUUUCAGUUGGCAUUUUUCCAGCACUGAUCCUGGUGUUUCAGGUUACAUUGGGUAAAUCCAGUCUUGUCUCCUAGCAUGCACUCCUAAUGCCAUGGUGUUUGUGAUUGCCUGUAAGGUGCCUGAGUGUUGGUUCUUCUGCAGUGGGCAUCUGCCUCCACACCAAAAAUAUAAACAUUGGGAAUGGAAACAGUGUGAUAGAAAAAGUGUGAUUCAAGCUACUGUUGUCAUUAUCAGAAAACAUAUUAACAGUUUGAUUAAGCGACUAUCUGCUCGCCCUUUGUACACAUGCUGCUUGCACUGUGGGUUCUAUAUUAUUAGUCAACGCACCUGAGCUACAGUGAUCUGCAAAGUAUAUGAAUGGACAAAUUGAAGCUGAUGAUGAAAAUACUACUUGAUAUGACUUGAUGUACGCGUUAUACUUAAAACACUUAAUUCUGAAUCACUUCAGAAAUCAUAGCAUUUGAGUUGAUUCUAACCUGUCAUUCUUUGAACUGUGUAAAUAAAUCUUAACAAAUCUCAA